AUGCCUGUUAUCGCAGCGACUGGGAAACACCGUCGCAAAGUCCUUUUCUCUUCGACCAGUCAAGGACCAUCCGUGACCGCAGGAAAACCAAAAGGUCGAAAGUUCAGCGCCAACCUGCAGGUCAAUAGUCGCUCCCCAGCGGCCACCAGUUUCCACAACCAUUCAUCGUCCUCCCAGAGCGGAAAGAUGGGGGAAAGCCAAGUCCAUCCCGGAAUUCCAGCGCUCUUCAGGGAACCGCCUCUGAUCCACGACUCGCUCUCCACAGAGACCACUGACCUUCAGAGCGAAACAGUCAACAAAUGCCUGCCAUUGCUGAAGGGAAUCCACAACAGUCAAAAAGGUCCCUUUAACAAGUAUGGGAUCCCCGCUCUUCAACGCAAAGACCACAUUGAGUAUCUUUACGACUCACUGGAGGACUAUCCGGCCUCCUUUGUCGCGCUCGAUGCUAGUCGCCCUUGGAUGGUUUACUGGGCCUUGGCAGGGCUAUGCCUUCUAGGAGAAGAUGUGACUCGAUUUCGCGAACGCGUCAUCUCCACAUUCACUGCUGCACAGAAUCCCACUGGUGGGAUUGGAGGAGGGCAUAGCCAGAUGUCCCAUGUUGCAUCGAGCUAUGCUGCGGUGCUGUCUAUCGCGAUGGUUGGUGGUGAAGAGGCAUUCAAAUUGAUUGAUCGAAAGGCAAUGUGGAAAUGGCUCGGAAAAUUGAAGCAGCCUGAUGGCGGCUUUACAGUCUGUGAGGGUGGAGAAGAGGACGUGCGAGGCGCCUACUGCGCGAUGGUAGUCCAUGCUCUCCUCGAUUUGCCACUAGCAUUGCCCCCGGAAGCCGAAGCUCGGCAGAAUGGGUUGGAGACAUUCACGGAUGGCCUUCCUGAAUAUCUUUCGCGAUGUCAGACGUAUGAAGGUGGUAUCUCCGGGAGUCCGGGCACCGAGGCGCAUGGCGCUUAUGCCUUUUGUGCUUUGGCCUGUCUGUGUCUCCUUGGUCGGCCUGAAGUGGUUGUGCCAAGAUAUAUGAAUGUUGCAACACUCCUUCCCUGGCUCUCGGCUCGACAAUAUGCACCUGAGGGAGGUUUCUCCGGCAGAACCAACAAAUUGGUGGACGGGUGUUACAGCCACUGGGUUGGAAAUUGCUGGCCCCUCGUCCAGGCUGCGCUAGAUGGCACUCAGCCAGCGGCAGGCCAUAAGCGAGCUUCCGUCGGCAAUCUUUACAGUCGAGAGGGAUUGACAAGAUAUAUCCUUUCUUGUUGCCAGUGCAAGCUUGGCGGCCUUCGAGACAAACCGGGAAAACACCCGGAUUCAUACCAUACAUGUUAUGCCCUCUCCGGGCUCAGCACGGUUCAAUAUCACCAUUACUGUACUGACUCAAGUGCGAGCUCGAAGAAUGACUUCAGCUCUGCAUUCUCUUGGAAGCACGACCCUAACCUCGCCUCGGAUGAUCAAGGAUCCGACAUUGGCGUAUUCGCUGAGAAUGACCGACUCGUUCCGUUCCAUCCCAUUUUUGUCAUUCCACACAAGUCAGCCGAAGGUAUACGUGUCUGGUUCGAAAAUCAAUCUUUCGACCUGUAG